AUGGUUCGCUACAAAUGGUGGUACAAACAUGGAUUUCUUGCAUCGACAGGAUAUUGUUUUGAUAUUGGAAAAUCUACUCGCCAGGCUCUUGAAAAAUUCUCUCGACGUCAGCAAAUACUAAAGACAACUUUCCACUUACGAACCGAAAUUGAAGUUGAUCGUUUAUCAUUUCAACAAGUCAAACAUAUACCCAAGUUCGAUGUAAAUUGUAGUCAACCAAAUGUUGCCGGAAAUGGGGCUCUGAUGCGUCUAGCACCAGUACCACUCUACUUCUUUCGGAAUCCUGAACUGGCCGUCGAACUCUCUGGUCAAAGUGCUUGUCUAACUCAUGGAAGUCAGAAAGCAAUUGAUGCUUGCCGGUAUUACGGAGCUCUGAUCGUAGCAGCCCUUCGUGGUGAAAGAAAAGAACAAUUACUUAAUAACAAAUUUUAUAGUAGUCAUAGAGCGUGGUUCGGCCCAAGAGGUCUCUGUAAAGACGUGCGUCGUGUAGCGUUUGGAUCAUAUAAAAAGCCAGGAGGUUAUGAAAUGGGUAUUCGAAGUCGCGGUUACGUUAUCGAUGCACUCGAAGCAGCUUUAUGGGCUUUUUGGAGUGAUCAAAACUCGUUUCAAAAUGGUGUUCUUGCUGCAGUCAAUCUUGGAGAUGAUACUGAUACUACAGCUGCUAUUUAUGGCCAAUUAGCAGGUGCUUACUAUGGCAGAGCAAAUAUCUUACCAGACUGGUUAGAACAACUCUAUGCGAGUGAUUUUAUCACUUGUAUUAGUGAUUGGCUAUACUAUUUAGGACAGAAAAAUAGUUUAGCAGUUAAGAUUCACAAUGACAUGUUCUAUCGUGCAUCAAAAAAGUUGCAACAAAAAUAUUUACUUGGUACUAUUAGUAUUUAUGAUGGGAUGUCCGAUCAAGUAGUUCCUCGUCGCAUUAAUGAAACUAGGAACGCUGACCGUCGUUUACAUAUUCGUCGAUCACGACAUCCAACGUGGAUAUCCAACGGAGGACUCGUAUGGCCUCAAUAUUGA